ACAAAACAUUGUGAGAGAACACAUUCCUCUAUCUUUCGCAAUCUCAAUGUGGAGCUCUGAGAAAAAAAACUGAGCGACUGACUUCUUCAUUCAUCUUGAAGUAAAUACUUUUUUUCAUUCAACCUUUAUACAGGUUAUUCUCACCCUUAUAAGAUACAUUUCUUUGGGGGAGAGAAAAUGAAGACUAACUCGUCCUGCGGACAAGUUAACAUGGAAUUUACACACACAUUCUUACCUGCAGUGUAUAUGUCAGUAUUCAUAAUUGGUCUUGUUGCUAACUGUUUGGGACUAAAAUCCUUGUUUGCGAACUGGAAGAAAUUCGGAAAUAUCAAUGUUUUUGUUCUGAACCUUGGAGUGGCAGAUAUUCUGUAUUUGCUUACACUUCCAUUUCUGUUUGCAUACUACUCAGCAGACAGUCACUGGAACUUCGGACAAGUCUUCUGCAAGAUGACACGAUUCUGCUUCAAUUUGAACUUGUAUGGAAGUAUUGGUUUCCUCACAUGUAUUAGUGUAUACAGGUACCUGAGCAUUGUCCACCCACUGAGAGUGAUGGGUAGGAUAACUGGUGGCCACUCUGUAGUUAUCACUGCUGUAGUUUGGGUUUUAGUCUGCAUUCAGAGUCUUCCUGAUGUGUACUUUGACAAAACAUUGUCCAACUCUUCUUCAGAGACAGAAGCAUGCUUUGACACCACCUCUGACUUCUUUACCAAGGAUUACCUGGACUACAGUAUUGCGUGGACAGUGUCUGGAUUCUGCAUCCCUCUGCUCAUCAUAUUGGGUUGCUAUGGACACGUGGCUGUGGUUCUCUCCACCAAAACCAACAUCGACCAAGUGAUGAAACGGAGAUGCUUAAAACUGGUGUUCCUUGUGACUUUACUCUUCUCUGUUUGCUACAUACCGUAUCACGUAUUCAGGAAUCUAAACCUGAAAACUAGGAUUUUGAAACGAGAACGCAUGUGUCAGGAUUGGUUCACUGGCAUCUACAUUGCUCACCAAGUCAGCCGAGCCCUUGUAUGUCUAAACAGUGCCAUCAACCCGUUGGUCUACCUCCAGGGUAAUGAGGAUCUUCUUAUGCAGAUCACCUGGCUUUGGCAACGAGCUCGCCAGUCUGUCCCUCAGAUAUUCAACCAUCGCAUCCAGGGACAAGCUUCAGCACCAUUGUGAGUUCAGCACAGCAUUCUCAUUGCAAUACUAGACAGAGUAGCUUUGUUUUGUGUGCUUGAUAGUCAAUCUGCAUUUCUCUCCCACUCAUUAAUCUAUGUCUGCUAUGUUUAUUACUGUUCAUUGAUUAAAUGGGGAAGUUCAAAUGAUGGUUUAUGGCUUUCUAUAGGUCUCUUGUGUGUUUACUGUGUAACUUCUCCAAGCUGUACUGUAAAUAUGAUGAUAUGGAAAGUAUAUUCUAUAUCAGCUAAAUGUCAGGGUUGCAUUUUAGCUCCUGUGUUGAUCUCA